UUUCCAACUGUUCUUCUCCCAAUCGUCGUCGUCGCUGUCGUCGUCGCUGUCGUCGUCGCUGUCGUCGUCAUAUGUAAACUAAUUCGCUGAUCUAAUUCUCACAAACGCAAGAAUAGACGCUUUCUAUUGUCGUGCAACAUGCUAGGUGGGUUGUACGGCGACCUUCCGCCACCGUCGUCCACCGCGGAUGAAAGUUCCACCACCACAUCCGCCUCCAAUGUCUGGUCCAGCAGCGCCAAGAUGGCGCCACCAACCCUCCGUAAACCUUUUCCCCCUCCGCAAACCAUCCUCCGGCCCCAACAUGCCAAGUCCAAACCCGCGCAGCCCCUUGCCGUUAGUAAACACACUACUAUAACUCAGUCCACAGUAGACGAGAACAGAAACCCUAAUCCGGGCUCCUCAUUUCAGCCUGCCCUGGUUGGAGUGACCAGCUCUGUCGUUGAAGAAUACGACCCCGCCCGCCCUAAUGACUACGAGGAAUACCGCCGGGAGCGGAAACGGAAACAAGCGGAGGCUGAGGUGAGGAGAGAAUUGGAGGAGAGAGAGAGGAGAGAGAGGGAAAAGGAAGAAAGGGAGAGAAUGGAGAGAGAUCGAGAUAGGGAGAAGGAAUUGAGUAUAUCCGGAGAGGAAGCGUGGCGGAGGAGGGCGGCGAUGAGCGGCGGUGGAAGUGUUGGGCCAAGAUCGUCUUCUCCACCUCCAACUGGGAAUGGUGGGGGGGACGGGUUCAGCAUUGGGAAGUCAGAGUUCGGGGGGUUGGGAGUGGGAGCAGAAGGUAAAAUGACAGCAGCGCAGAGGAUGAUGGCAAAGAUGGGGUGGAAAGAAGGACAAGGUCUAGGGAAGCAGGAGCAAGGGAUCACAACUCCGUUGGUGGCUAAAAAGACGGAUAAGAGAGGCGGGGUCAUAGUGAAUGCUAGUGAGUCCAGCAAGAAGGUUAAGAGCGUCAACUUCAAUGGACAGCCAACAAGAGUUGUGCUUCUCAGAAACAUGGUUGGACCAGGUGAGGUGGAUGAUGAUUUAGAAGGUGAGGUAGCUGAGGAAUGUACUAAAUUUGGUACAGUGACUCGCGUUCUCAUAUUUGAGAUUACAGAACCAAACUUCCCACAAGAUGAAGCUGUUAGAAUUUUUAUUCAGUUUGAGAGAGCGGAGCAAGCAACUAAAGCCCUGAUAGAACUUGAAGGGCGUUUUUUCGGAGGUAGGGUAGUUCAUGCUUCUUUUUAUGACGAGGAAAGGUUCAGCAACAAUGAAUUGGCUCCCAUGCCAGGAGAAAUUCCUGGAUUCUUCUAAACAUCCAAUAGUGUCAACUAUGCCGAUGCUGGACUCUGCUAACCCUCUUUCUAUGGUUGACCACCUGAUUUGUUCGCCUGGCUGCUGAACAAAGGGUUGAUGUCAGAGGUGUAUGUGCAAACUCUUCUUGUGUGACGAAUAGUUUUAUUUUUCAUAAGUAUGUCAUCUAAGAAGUUGUUAACUUUUUCUAUUUUCAUGGGUCUGCAUUCUGUAACACCUCGCUCUUAAAUAAUUAUAUAAUCGAAGUUGCCUGAAAUCCAUGACC